AUGGUCAACCCAUCGAUCCUCAUCACUGGCAUUCUCGCCCUUGCCUCCGUAGCCCUCGGCCAUGGCGCAGCUGAAACCGAAGCUGGCAUUGAAGCCCGCAACGUUCACGUUGCUAACGCCCGUCGUUCCAUCGAGGCCUGUCAGAACAAGCUCAAGGCACGCAGCAUCGAGAACAGGCGCAAGAUCAAGCGUGAUGCUUUCGUCAAACGCUAUCAAAAGCAGAACCAAAAGCGUGCCGCUACUGCCACCGCAGUUGCUGCAGCGACCACCGUGGACCCAUUCAAUGGCGCUAUCCCAACUUGCGUUUUGGCUCCCGAAGAGGAGAUUGGCCCCUACUACUUGUCGGGCGAAUUGAUCAGAGAUGAUAUCCGUGAGGAUGAGCCAGGUGUCGAUAUGCUCCUUGAUGUCCAGGUCUUUGAUGUCAGCACUUGCCAAGUGAUUCCGAAUGUCAUGCUUGACUUCUGGUCUUGCAACUCCACCGGUGUUUACUCUGGCUUCUCUGCUGAGAACACCUUGGGAGAGACUCAACUCCGUGGUCUUGUUGAAUCAGAUGAGGAUGGUAUCGUUCAGGUGCUCACCAAGUUCCCCGGUCACUACGGAGGACGUGCAACCCAUCUCCAUCUCAUUGCACACAUCGGCGGCUCCAUCAGCUCCACCGGUACCUACAGCGGCGGAACCAUUCCACACAUCGGCCAGGUCUUCUUCGAGCAGUCCCUCAUCAGUGAAGUCGAAGCAACCUCCCCGUACAACACUAACACCGUCGCCAUCACACUCAACUCUGUGGACCGUGUCUUCACGGAACAGGCUUCAGUCACCGCCGGCUACUCUGAUGUCGUCACUAUUAAGAAGCUCGGAUCCGCACUCUCUGACGGUUUGUUGGGAGCCAUCUCCAUUGGUUUGGACCUCACGGCAAACAAGAGCACUGGAAGCGGUAGCGGUACCGGAACGGGAACUGUUACUGGAGCUGGUGGCGCCCCAACCGGUGGCAUGGGUGCUCCUCCUUCUUAA